AUGUUGAGGGUGUUUCUAGGAGGGGAUUAUUGGUAUGUACAGGUGUUUGGGAAGACGGCCACUAAAGAGAACUGCUAUGAUGGUGUCCCCAUCACCAGUAGCGUUCAUGACAAUCACCUCUGCGCUGUCAACCCUCGCUUCAUCGCCGUCAUCACCGAAUGUGCGGGCGGCGGAGCCUUCCUGGUGCUGUCCAUCAAUCACACUGGCAAGGUCGACCCUCAUCAUCCAAAAGUUUCUGGUCACAGAAGCAAUGUACUUGACAUCAAAUGGAAUCCCUUUAAUGACUUCAGCAUAGCAUCUUGUUCAGAGGACACCACAGUGAAGAUCUGGGAUAUCCCUGAACAUGGAGUUGUGAAGAACAUCACGGUUCCCUGGAAGGAGCUUCAGGGUCAUUCACGCCGCGUCGGCCUCAUUGAGUGGCACCCCCCCCGUUCCCCCGCCAACAACAUCAUCUUCAGCACUGGAUAUGAUUACCAGGUUCUGGUGUGGAAGCUGGACGUUCCUGAACAGGUGAUCAAGAACCCUGUGCGCUCCAUCAGUGUGCACUCAGAUGUGGUUCUGUCCAUGUCCUUCAACACAGACGGCAGCAGACUGGCCACGUCCUGCAAGGACAAGAAGAUCCGCGUGAUUGAUCCACGCAGCGGCGUCCUGUUACAGGAGAGUAACUGCAAAACACACAAAGCCAGUAAAGUGCUAUUUCUUGGAAACCUGAAAAUGCUCCUCUCCACGGGUAAUUCACACUGGAAACAUCGUCAGAUUGCACUUUGGGAUCAGGAGGACCUCUCUCAGUCGUCUUAUUCCGAGAACUUGGACGGCUCCUCUGGGGUUCUCUUCCCUUUCUAUGAUCCUGACACACACAUGCUUUACAUAGCUGGAAAAGGUGAUGGAAAUAUCAGAUACUAUGAAAUCAGCCCAGAGAAGCCAUAUGUGCACUAUCUGACCGAAUACCGCUCUCUUCUGCCACAGAAGGGAAUGGGAGUCAUGCCGAAGAGAGGCCUUGAUGUGUGCUCCUGUGAAAUCUUCAGAUUCUACAAACUGGUGACAACCAAGAGCCUCGUAGAGCCUCUGUCCAUGAUCGUUCCACGAAGGUCAGAGUCCUAUCAGGAGGACAUCUACCCCAUGACCGCCGGGAACAGAGCCGCUGUGACCGCGGAGCAGUGGAUCGCUGGACUAGACAAAGGUCCUGUGAUGAUGUCUCUGAGGCCUGGGAGUGAACUGGACUCAUCUGCGGAGCACCCCCGCGGUCAGCCAGGACUCUCACCGCUGAUUCAGGAACGUCUGGACGGAUCCCCGACGUCCACAGACGAAGACAGCAGCUCCACAAGCCACGUCAGCAACGGACAGCUGGACUGCACGCACUGCUCUCCUCCAGGAACAGAGAACGAGUUACGACAGGUGUUUUAUAAGCAGCAGGAAGACAUCCGGAGGCUGAAGGAGCAGCUGCACCAGAAGGACGUGCGGAUUAAACAGCUGGAGCUGGAGAUCAAAAAUGUGAGGAACUCUGAAAGAAGCUAGUAAAGCCUCGUGUGCUUCACAGAAGCGCUCCUGCGUCAUGAAUCACGCUGCAGAGGUGCGGUCACCUUCACUGAAGUCCAGUCACUUCUGCAGGAAUCCGUGCCAGCGUUCACAGAUUUGAUUUGAGUUGAAGUUGGUCACACGAUCAACAGAAAGCUGCUUGGUUUGAGGUCAUACUCUGCUGAUAAUGGACCGCUCUGCCCAUGAAACCCGGCUGAAGGAAACACAUUCAUAUUUCUCAUAUCUCUUCAUGGAAAGUUAUCCUUGUAUGCACGUUUUGUGCACAGAAAUACUGUACAACCUUCAUGGAAGGGCUUUUUUUUUUUUACACUUUAGCACUAUGCAAACAUGUUUUUAGCUCGUGAUCAUACUUGUUUAAAUGUUUUUAUUAUUAUUUUUAAAAUGGCUUAGAUGAACAUAAGUUGUUUUAUGAAUUGGGUUAUUUGAGAUUAUUCGUGAAUAUGAUUGUAACGUGAGGAUUUAUUUCUGAUUAAUUUUCUAUUUAAAUGGAUGAGUGAUGAGGCUUGACAGUUUGAUGAUUAUAAUAAUAAUAAUAAUUAUGCAAAAGCAAAUUUACAGAACAAGGGGAGGUAGAUGAAGAUGCUAUUUUAAGUGUUGUUGCUCAAAUAUUUCCAGAUAUUUACUAAAUGUUGACCUUGUCUUUUCUUUUUGAAUCCUAAACUGAUAUUAAUCUGAUCAUUUGGGCUCUCAGCUAAAAAAGCCAAAUAAAGAAUUAAUAAAGCAUUCGCUACAAAUAAAUGUGUGCCACAACUCAAACUGACAUGAGUUAAUAUGAACUAAUAAUCAACAAGAUUUCUACAUUAUUUAUUCAUCUUAAUGUUAAUUUCUACUUUUAAUAAUAAUAUAGUUUUCAAAUCAAAGUUGUAUUUGUUAACUUUA